AUGGGUUCUGUGUUUCAGAGACUUUUAUAUGUUUUAGAUUUGUUUAUUGAAAAUCCAAUUUUAGCUUUGAACAAUGAAGUUUCACUUUUUUAUGGUCCAUAUUUUUAUGACGAGGUUUUUGAAUUUUUAUUGAAAACUUCACUGAAUGACAAUCUUACAUGUGUUUUUAUAAAGCGUCUUUGUAAUGUUUUAAAAAGGAAAGCCAGUAAACUAUUUAGUGAAUUUUUAAGUGGAGGGAAAUAUUUUAACAUCAGUGGGAAUGAAUUAAAAGAGUGUAAUUCAUGUGAUACAAAUAACAUUUGCCUGGAAAGACUCAUGGGACAAUUAGAUUUUAAAUUAAAAGCAUCCUCCACAUCAUCAUUAAAUUCCAUCGAAAGUAGCAUUUUAUAUUGUAAUAACAGAACAGAAGAGUGGUUAAAGAAGAAGGAUAUAAGUGAACAACAAGAGAUAAUAGAUCAGGCUCGUUCAGAAAAUAGAACUUUUAUGCUAAAAGACAGAGAGAAAAAUGAAGAACUUUUUAGAAAACAAACAAAGAUUUUAGAAGAAAAAGAAAAAGAAGCUAGAAGGAAGAAGGAAAAAAAAUCAACUGAGUUAGAUAGAGCAAUAGAGGACAUGAGAAAAGUUGGGCUUUGGGAGAGUGAAGGGAAGAUUAGAGAAGAAAUAGAGAAGCUGAAGACAAAAAAGGAGAAAGUAGAGACAUUAAAGAAACAAAUCAACAUUUACAAAAAAGUUUUUAAAAUUGAAAAAAACCAGAAGGAGUUGCUGCAGUUUUCUUCAAAAGGAAAGGUCUUUGAUCAUAACAAAUUACUGGAUAAUCUUUUAAAAUUAAUAGAAUUGAGAAGAAAUGCGCAAGAAACCAGAUUCCAUCCAGAUGACUUAGUAGGUAAAGAAAUUGUGCAUACCUGGACUAUAGAGAGUGGCGAAAACCAAGAUUGGGAGGGCCAGAUAAGGAGUUUUGAAAAUGGAGUUUACAAAGUUGUGUACUGGGAUGAUAAAGAAAGGAAGAAUGGCAGUGAGUUUGAGUUAACAGAGAGGGAGAUUAAUAUUGACAUACAAGAAGGAAACCUAUUUAUAAAAGACACCACCAAACUGGAUCACUGUUACUCAACAUUUUGAAAAAGACUAUAAAUACAGACAGU